ACAGGUAGAGCAGGUGAGGUGUCAGGUUUCACUGCUGACUGGUGGCUUCACACAGUGGAUCCCGAAAGACUCGGACGGUUUCCGCUGUAAGCACGUCUGAAUGUUAACUACUUUUAAACUUAGGAACGUCACGUGCAAUCAUGGCAGCCAAAUAUGAUGGCUUGUCCCACUGUAAGCUGGCCCUGGUGUUCGCUGUGCUGAUGGACCUGUUGGGUGUGACAUCCCUGCUGCUGGGGGUCUUCGCUCCACUAGAGAUUCAAGGCAGAGACUUUGGGGAUCUGCUGGUGUACACAGGAGCCCUGCUGAUGCUAAUGUCCCUGGCAGGCUGGGUCAUGUGGUACAGUGGCAAUAUUGAGGGUCUGACAUCCAAAAAGGAGCUGGAGGGAACCGUGGGUGGAGCUGUGGACCGCCUUGCCCGGUCCCUAAGCCGCAAGAUACGGAUCCCAAGGACUCACAGCAGUCCAACAUAGGAGGUGGAGCUCAAAGAUACUAAUGACUAACUGACUGACUGUUGUUGUAUGAAGGGCUGUCCUUAACUAGGCAGCAGGACAAACUGCCAGAGGCAAAGGAGUGUCGCUGCUGGUUGUCAUUCCCUUCACAAACGCUUAUUGUGGAGUGAACAAACACCUCGUUCACAAGAAGAGAAACCUGUCAGUGUAUUUCGUUUUGUUUUCUCAAGAAGAAACUUCCUCACUGCCUAAAAAGUUGUGUGCAGACUACAACGUAAUAUAAUAUGCACUACUACAGAUUCCACUAUAUGAAGAUCAAAGAGAUUAAAUCUGCUGUAUUGUUUUGUUGAUUUCCACUGCAGUUAUUCUUUCCUCUAUUGAUGUAACAGUGUUUUGUUGCUGCACCAGAUUAUGGCAAGAAUUAA